AUGACCAACAGCGGCGGCAGCCCUCAAAACUGCCCCGAUCGAGUCGGGGACAUCCGAAGAAAUGGAAGAUUGGACCAAGCUACGCUGGGGGCAAUGGACAGGCAAUGGCCGAAUCUGAAGCGAGGGGGAAGGGACCCAAACAGCCAGUUCUGGACGCACGAGUGGAACACGCACGGCACGUGCUCCAGAUCCACGCUGGCGUUGCCGGCGUACUUCCGGCGGGCGGUGGACCGGGCGUCGAGCGUUGACCUGCUGCGGCUGCUCAGGAGCAACCGGAUCCAGCCCGACAACCGGCUGUACCGGCGCGCCGACAUAGGCGCCGCGCUGCACCGUUACAAUCCCCGCGUGAAGUGCAACGACGUGCGGAGUGGCGGCCGCACGUAUAAACAGAUCCAGGAGAUUCGUCUGUGCGUGCAGAGGGACGGCUCCCGCGUUGUCAGCUGCGGCGGAGGAGGGACCCGGUUUACAAGCUGCGGCGGGGGAACCAUCAGGUUCUCCAGGCCCUAA